AUGAGGGCUGAGAUACUGCCAGGUUGCCCAAGCCUAGACAGGGGAAGUCGAGAGGCAGAGGUCGGGUUCGAACCACAGACCUUUCGUCUGAGUGUUUGUGCGGAGGAAAUAAAACCCAUGUCGAUCGUCACAACCAGGACAGUUACUGGGUCGUCGUUCGAUGAGUCGGGCACACUAAUCACAUCGCUCAAGUGA